AUGGGCAACAUUAAAUUCGAUCCGACAUUUUUACCUGUUGCAGCAACGAGUUUUACUCUCUUUAUUUUCCUCUAUAAAUUCCUCAAUCCAAUUUUAUCCAAUUUAUUAAUACGUGAUUAUCAAUAUUUUACCGAAACACAAAAAGUUGACUGGAGUACCAGAAUCAGCUCAUCAAUCAAUUCGUUCACAGUCGGAACAAUUUGUGUAUAUAUGAUGAUAGCUGAUCAUGGAUUAGAAGCCAAUCCGCUUUUGUAUAAAAGUUACUUAUUAAAAACGAAUCUAUCAAUUGUUAUUGGAUAUUUAUUAAGUGAUACGGUCAUCAGUAUCAUUCACUAUCGAAAGAUCGGUGAUCCAUUUAGUAUGGCUCAUCAUUUUCUCUCGAUCUACGCUUUUAUUUAUGUGUUAACACUUAAUGUUAUGCCAUAUUUCGCGAAUUUUCGCCUGCUAGCUGAAUUAUCGACCCCAUUAGUCAAUAUGAGAUGGUUUCUCGACACAUUGAAAUUUUCGAAAACAUCGAAAGCAUUUGUCUUCAAUGGACUUUGCAUGACAUUAGUCUUCUUUUUCGUUAGAAUCUUAGCCAUGCCGAUUUACUGGUGGAAGGUGUACACAGUCGCUAUCACACCAAUGUGGUCUCAUAUGGGCCACUUUCGCUUUAUCCUUAUAAUUGUAUGUAGCGUACUUGAUGUAAUCAAUUUAUAUUGGUUUUCCAAAAUGGUUCGAGGCUGUCUCCGAAUAAUCACUGCUGUAUACGGAAAGAAACAUAACUAG